UUUUAUUUUGAAGAGUAAAAGUUAAAGUGCUUUUGUAGCGUUAUUUUAACGUCACAUAGCAACAGCUGUUGAACGCUCCAUGCUUUCAGCUUGUUGUUGGGCAAAUAAGUACAGGGGACCAGUGAUGCUGGUCAGUAUCCCACAGCUCCGAGCAGCAGCUUCUGUUCUGCUGUUUUUGCUUUUCUCUGACGCGAUGUGUUUUGCACACGCCGAUAAGAGUAUUGAAGACGUGCGUUGCAAAUGCAUUUGUCCUCCAUACCGAAACAUCAGUGGCCACAUCUACAAUAGGAAUGUCACCCAAAAGGACUGUAACUGUCUGCAUGUGGUGGCGCCCAUGCCAGUGCCUGGUCAUGAUGUGGAGGCUUAUUGUCUGCUCUGUGAGUGCAAGUAUGAGGAGCGAAGCAGCAAUACCAUCAAGGUAACCAUAAUCCUUUACCUGUCUGUGGUCGGUGCUCUGCUAUUGUACAUGCUGUUCUUGCUUUUGGUGGAGCCUCUGAUCCGCAGACGUGAUCCCUACAGACAACCACUGCAGAACGAGUACGAUUCUGAGGAUGUGAUGGCUCCAGGCCGAGGGAACACGGUGCUAGAGCGAGUGGAAGGGGCUCAGCAGCGCUGGAAGAAACAGGUUCAAGAGCAGCGCAAGACUGUUUUUGAUCGCCACAAAUUGCUUAGCUAAACUCAAACUUAUUUAUUUAGUUAAAAAUGGGACCACAUGUCCCUUGUUAUCAAUGAGGCUCGUUUUGCAUAGCAUUCUGGUUGCUAUUCGAAGCUAAAUUGAAAUGAUAUUAAACAGAAAUGAUAGAGCUCAUUAUAUUACUUAUAGAAGAAUUAAUUAUAACGUUUGCAGCUUAGACUCUACAUUGCAAAUAUUGUAAAAAAAAAAUAGACUGUCUUGCAAAGAGAAUACAUUUUGGGCAACAGUCUUGACAUUCUCAGCUUUUCUCCCAAACAAAAUUCAAAUGUAGUAAUUGAACAACAUAGGAUUCCUGUGCAUGUUACAUUCAUACACUGCACAAGAUGUUAGCAUGAUACUAUCUUGAAUUGACUUAUAUGAUUACAGUAAACUUAAUAUAGGAUUAGUAAUGCUAUUUCUAGGUUUAUUUACUGAUAUUUUUUUCUUUUGGCAGGUAAUUUGCUUCUUUCUAGAAAUUAAAGCUUAAAAAAUUAGCCAAAUAAUCUUAAGCAAAAUAGUCUUAAACAUGUCUAGAAAUAGGUUUAUUAAUCUUAGAUUUGUUUUGUUGUGGUCCUUUAAUGCUAGAUACAUUUUGAGUAUAUUAAAGAUAUUUUAAUCUGUUAAGAUUUUUUGCAGUGAAUGCAUUUUGCUCAUUGUUGAGUAGAUGCUGCUUUACUUCAUUUAGGACCUUUGUACGUAUAUCACAUCACUAGGUUCUAGGAAUUGUAGUGUUCCCAUUCCUAAUGUCCUAAGUGGUGAUUGGUUUCACACCAAAUACAUGCUGAUUGCACUGAAUAUUGUCGAUAUUUAAGAUUUUUUGUUGUACUUCUUUUCUACAUGUGUUGUGUAAUACAGAUCUGAUACUGGAUUUGUAUUUCAGAUAAAAACCUAUGGAUUUUUGAUGGCUUGUUUAAACAGAUAUUAUUCUGCUAAGACUUUACUUGGAUCUUAUAAGGUAAUCUACAGUUUACAUGUUGGAAAUAACAAGUUUAUUUGGUACCUCUAACUUAUAGUUAAUUAUUGACCACUAUUGGGUACGGCAGUCAAAAAGGUCCACAAUACACUUCAGAUAUUCCCACUGGGUGAAACCUUUAGUUAUUUGUAGAACCCUGCAACAUUGUUUAGCUUUUAGAAAAUGUUUCAUGCAGAGCCUGUUUUUGAGAUUAAUUAGGGACCAUUGGUUCUUUUGCUGUUCCCAAUAUAUUCAGUGUGUUGGGUUUAUGAUGGUGGAAUGAAUUGUGCAUGAUGAGUGUAAUUAUGUGCCCAAUAAAAUGGUUGCUGAAUGUAGGUACAAGGGAGAUGUACCAAAUAAACAUGCAACUGAGGGUAUGUCACUGUUCUAUUUCAGGAAAUAUCUUUCCACAUGUCGUAUUCUACUUGCACUGAGGAAUUCAAUAAACACAAUCUGAAAAUUGCAA